GGCGGAGGAGGAGGCGGAGGAGGCGGGAGCUGAGCUGAGCGGGGCGGGCGGCGGCGGCGGGGCCCGAGCCCGAGAAGAUGGCGGUGCGGAAGAAGGACGGCGGCCCCAACGUGAAGUACUACGAGGCCGCGGACACCGUGACCCAGUUCGACAACGUGAGGCUCUGGCUCGGCAAGAACUACAAGAAGUAUAUCCAAGCUGAACCACCUACCAACAAGUCCUUGUCUAGCCUGGUUGUACAGUUGCUACAGUUUCAGGAAGAAGUUUUUGGCAAACAUGUCAGCAAUGCACCGCUCACCAAACUGCCGAUCAAAUGUUUCUUAGAUUUCAAAGCAGGAGGCUCCCUGUGCCACAUACUUGCAGCUGCCUACAAAUUCAAGAGUGACCAGGGAUGGCGGCGUUACGAUUUCCAGAAUCCAUCACGCAUGGACCGCAAUGUGGAAAUGUUCAUGACCAUUGAGAAGUCCUUGGUGCAGAAUAACUGCCUGUCUCGACCUAACAUUUUUCUGUGCCCAGAAAUUGAACCCAAACUGCUAGGGAAAUUAAAGGACAUUAUCAAGAGACACCAGGGGACAGUCACUGAAGAUAAGAACAAUGCCUCCCAUGUUGUGUACCCUGUCCCAGGGAACCUGGAAGAAGAGGAAUGGGUACGACCAGUCAUGAAGCGGGAUAAGCAGGUUCUUCUGCACUGGGGCUACUAUCCUGACAGUUACGACACGUGGAUCCCAGCCAGUGAAAUUGAAGCAUCUGUGGAAGAUGCUCCAACUCCUGAGAAACCUAGGAAGGUUCACGCAAAGUGGAUUCUGGACACAGACACUUUCAAUGAAUGGAUGAACGAGGAAGACUAUGAGGUAAAUGAUGACAAAAGCCCCGUCUCCCGCCGAAAGAAGAUUUCAGCAAAGACGCUGACGGAUGAGGUGAACAGCCCAGAUUCAGAUCGACGGGACAAGAAAGGGGGGAACUAUAAGAAGAGGAAACGCUCCCCCUCUCCUUCACCAACCCCGGAAGCCAAGAAGAAAAACGCUAAGAAAGGUCCCUCGACACCUUACACCAAGUCGAAGCGUGGCCACAGAGAGGAGGAGCAAGAGGACCUGACAAAGGACAUGGAUGAGCCUUCACCAGUCCCCAAUGUAGAGGAGGUGACGUUGCCUAAAACAGUCAACACUAAGAAGGAUUCAGAGUCCGCGCCAGUCAAAGGAGGCACCAUGACUGACCUGGAUGAACAGGAAGAUGAAAGCAUGGAGACCACGGGCAAGGAUGAAGAUGAAAACAGUACGGGGAACAAGGGGGAGCAGACGAAGAAUCCAGACCUACAUGAGGACAACGUGACUGAACAGACCCACCACAUCAUCAUUCCCAGCUACGCCGCCUGGUUUGACUAUAAUAGUGUUCAUGCCAUUGAGCGGAGGGCUCUCCCCGAGUUCUUUAACGGCAAGAACAAGUCCAAGACUCCAGAAAUCUACCUGGCUUAUCGAAACUUCAUGAUUGACACGUACCGGCUGAACCCCCAAGAGUAUCUCACCUCCACCGCCUGCCGCAGGAACCUGGCUGGUGAUGUCUGUGCCAUCAUGAGGGUCCAUGCCUUCCUAGAACAGUGGGGUCUUAUUAACUACCAGGUGGAUGCAGAGAGUCGACCAACCCCGAUGGGGCCUCCGCCCACCUCUCACUUCCAUGUCUUGGCAGACACGCCAUCAGGGCUGGUGCCUCUGCAGCCCAAGACCCCGCAGGGCCGCCAGGUUGAUGCUGAUACCAAGGCUGGGCGAAAGGGCAAAGAGCUGGAUGACCUGGUGCCAGAGACGGCUAAGGGCAAGCCAGAGCUGCAGACCUCUGCUUCCCAGCAAAUGCUCAACUUCCCUGACAAAGGCAAAGAGAAGCCGACAGACAUGCAGAACUUUGGCCUGCGCACAGACAUGUACACAAAGAAGAACGUCCCCGCCAAGAGUAAAGCUGCGGCCAGUGCCACUCGAGAGUGGACGGAACAGGAGACGCUGCUCCUCCUGGAGGCACUGGAAAUGUACAAAGAUGACUGGAACAAAGUGUCAGAGCACGUGGGAAGCCGCACGCAGGAUGAGUGCAUCUUGCAUUUUCUUCGUCUUCCCAUUGAAGACCCGUACCUGGAGGACUCAGAGGCCUCCCUGGGCCCCCUGGCCUACCAGCCUAUCCCCUUCAGUCAGUCAGGCAACCCUGUUAUGAGCACUGUUGCCUUCCUGGCCUCUGUCGUCGAUCCUCGAGUCGCCUCUGCUGCUGCGAAGUCGGCCCUAGAGGAGUUCUCCAAGAUGAAGGAGGAAGUGCCCACGGCCUUGGUGGAGGCCCACGUCCGGAAAGUGGAGGAGGCAGCCAAAGUGACGGGCAAGGCAGACCCGGCCUUCGGUCUGGAGAGCAGCGGUAUCGCAGGAACCACCUCUGAUGAGCCUGAGCGGAUCGAGGAGAGCGGGACGGAUGAGGCACGGACAGAGGGCCAGGCCACAGAGGAGAAGAAGGAGCCCAAGGAACCCCGAGAAGGAGUUGGGGCUGCCGAAGAAGAAACAAAGGAGAAGACCAGCGAGGUCCCCAAGAAGGACGAAGAGAGAGGGAAACAAGGUGACAGCGAGAAGGAGUCAGAGAAGAGCGACGGGGACCCCAUAGUUGACCCGGACAAGGAGAAGGAGCCAAAGGAAGGGCAGGAGGAAGUGCUGAAGGACGUGGUGGAGUCGGAGGGGGAGAGGAAGACGAAGGUGGAGCGGGACAUCGGUGAGGGCAAUCUGUCCACCGCCGCCGCUGCCGCCCUGGCCGCCGCCGCUGUGAAGGCCAAGCACCUGGCCGCCGUGGAGGAGAGGAAGAUCAAAUCGCUGGUGGCCCUGCUGGUGGAGACCCAGAUGAAAAAGUUGGAGAUCAAACUCCGGCACUUUGAAGAGUUGGAGACCAUCAUGGACCGGGAGCGAGAGGCACUGGAGUAUCAGAGGCAGCAGCUCCUGGCCGACAGACAAGCCUUCCACAUGGAGCAGCUGAAGUACGCGGAGAUGAGGGCCCGGCAGCAGCACUUCCAGCAGAUGCACCAGCAGCAGCAGCAGCCCCCGCCAGCCCUGCCGCCGGGCUCCCAGCCCGUCCCACCGGCGGGCACUGCCGGGCCGCCCGCGCUUCACAGCCUGGCUAUGGCUCCAGCCUCCGUCGCCCCUGCCCCCGCUGGCGGUGGGGCUCCCCCCGGAAGCUUGGGCCCCUCUGAACAGAUUGGGCAGGCAGGGUCAGCCGCGGGGCCACAGCAGCAGCAACCAGCUGGAGCCCCCCAGCCUGGGGCAGUCCCACCAGGGGUACCCCCCCCUGGACCCCAUGGCCCCUCGCCGUUCCCCAACCAACCAACUCCUCCCGCAAUGAUGCCAGGGGCAGUGCCAGGCAGCGGGCACCCAGGCGUGGCGGGUAAUGCUCCUUUGGGUUUGCCUUUUGGCAUGCCGCCUCCUCCUCCUCCCGCUCCAUCCAUCAUCCCAUUUGGUAGUCUAGCCGACUCCAUCAGUAUUAACCUGCCCCCUCCUCCUAACCUGCAUGGGCAUCAGCACCAUCUCCCGUUUGCCCCGGGCACUCUCCCCCCACCUAACCUGCCUGUGUCCAUGGCGAACCCUCUACAUCCUAACCUGCCGGCGACCACCACCAUGCCAUCUUCCUUGCCUCUCGGGCCGGGGCUCGGAUCCGCCGCAGCCCAGAGCCCUGCCAUUGUGGCAGCUGUUCAGGGCAACCUCCUGCCCAGUGCCAGCCCACUGCCAGACCCAGGUACCCCCCUGCCUCCAGACCCCACGGCCCCGAGCCCAGGCACAGUCACCCCUGUGCCACCUCCACAGUGAGGAGCCAGCCAGACAUCUCUCUCCCUCACCCCCUAUGGAGAUCAAGGUUCCAGGAACAGCCCUCUCCCCACCACUGGGACCCUUCCCCAGCCUGGAGAGUUCAUCACUACGUAAGGAAAGCUCCUCCUGCCCCUCCAAAGCCCCCACCAUGCCUGUCAGAGGCAUGCAUUUUUAUAUCGGAUUAUUCAAGGACUUCCGUUUAAAAGAUGUUUCUAAUGUCUGGGAGAGAGGAUAGGAUGGGGAUGCUGCCCUCAAAGAAAGGGCUGGGGAAAGGUGUUUAUACAAGGUUCUAAUUAACCACUUUUAAAGGUGCACCCCCUCAAAACUACUGCAUUUUUUAUGGACGGAAAAAAAAACAACGAAGCCCUUUAAAGGAAGCAGAGAGAUAUAAGAAGGCCACAUUGGAGCUCCCUCCACCCACUAAAAAAAAAAAAAAAAAAAAAAAAAAAUCCAACUUUUACAUUUUUUGGAGGAGGGAGGUGACAGGAAAGGGGAAUUAAGGUUCUGGGAGAGCUCUGGGGAUAGAAUAGGGUGCAAAAUCUGUCUCCUCCAGUCCCUCGUUAGUGACCGAAUCAACUCCCAAACCCCCUCAGCCACCCCAACCCCAGUUUAUUCCUACUAAUCUCUCCUGCUGCCUCCUCAGUGUUGCUGUUUUAGGCCACCCCAGCUCAGCCAAUGACCCCUUUCCCCCUGAAUGUCAGUUUUGUGUUUUUAAAAGUCACCUGCGUAGUUGA